GCCGACGAAGCUCGUUCUGCGCAGGCGCUGGGCCCCUGCGUGCUGCCGCCGCCGACCGGAGCGAGCGGAGCGAGGUCGCCAGCGGUGAGAGGCCAGCUCAGGCAGUGCCUGAGAGGUGGUCCAGCUCUGUUCCUGAAUCUCAUCUCUCCCUGCUGUCACUGCUCAGUGUUGGUGUGAAGGCCAGGACCGCUGGAGAGAAGAGUCCCUGCUGUGGAAAGCUGGCUGGGGGGGGGAACCCAUCUUGCUGUUGCUGUCACCGCUGGACAUCCCCCCUCCUCACACCCUCCCCCGGCCAUGACGGAGACUCGGGAGAGCACUGAGACUGGGGGCUAUGCCAGCUUGGAGGAGGAUGAAGAGGAGCUGUCCCCAGGCCCAGAGCACCCCUCCGAUUCGGACUAUACACUCUCAGAGCCCGACUCAGACGAGGAUGAAGAAGAGGAGGAGGAGGAAGAGGAAACAACAGAUGACCCAGAAUAUGAUCCUGGCUACAAGGUGAAGCAGCGUCUUGGUGGGGGGCGAGGGGCGCCUUCUCGGAGGGCCCCUCGGGUUGCCGCACCCCCAGGGCCCCCACCCCAGCCCUGCGCCUUGUGUGGCCGCCCACCCCCGGGGGAGGGUGCUGCAGCCCCUGGGGGCCCACCCUGUCGGCUCUGUCGCCCAGCUGCCCCCCAGGCAACACCCUCUGCCCGCAUUGCUGCUCAGCGCCAGGUGGGUGACGAGGAGGAUGAAGAAGAGGAUGAGGACGAAGGGGCCACCUCCACCGGAGGUGAUGGGCCCCCUGGGGAUGAGGGGGGUGCUUACCACUGCACAGAGUGUGAGGAUUCAUUCGACGACCUUGGGGAGCUGCAUGGCCACUUCAUGCUGCAUGCUCGAGGGGAGGUGUGAGGCUGACCUCUCCUUAGAGGGUGGGUAUAGGGUUGAGAAAAGGGAUCACUGGGGGAUGCAGAGCCGCCAAUCAAGUCUUUGUCUUCUGGGCAGUAGCUGUGUUAGGGUUCAAAUAAAGCCAGAUUUCUGUGUGUGAUGGUA